GUGACAUGGGGCCACCCUCGCCGUGGAGGUGACAGCAGAGCCGUUCAGGAGCAGCUGCGGGAUGUGGAGCAGAUUCAGGCCACAAACUUGGCCUUUGCUGCUAUCCGCCGGAAUGGCUCCGUGGUGACCUGGGGCGACGAGUUUUCUGGCGGGGACAGCUCGCAGCGUCAGAGCGAGUUGCAGAAUGUGCAGAAGAUACAGGCGAACCACUUCUCAUUUGCCGCGGUGCGCAGUGAUGGCUCCGUGGUGACUUGGGGAAGUCCCCAGAGUGGGGGCGACUGCAGCGUGGUGAGGCCGCUGUUGAGGUGUGUGCGCCACGUGCAGUGCUCGGAGGGUGCUUUCGUUGCGAUCUGCGCGGACGGAAGAGCAGUGGCUUGGGGAAACCCCCAUUUUGGAGGCGACAGCAGCGGCGUGUCGGAUUUGUUGACGAAUGUCAGCCAGAUUCAAGCUACGGAUGCUGCAUUUGCCGCCAUUCGUGCGGAUGGUUCUGUGAUAACGUGGGGCGAAGAGUUCUCGGGCGGUGACAGCACUCCCGUUCUCAAGCAGCUUACGACUGUACAGAAGAUCCAAGCAUCCCGGUUUGCAUUCGCUGCGCUGCGCGCGGAUGGAACUGUUGUGACCUGGGGUGAGGCGGCGUGUGGAGGGGACAGCGCCGAGGUGGCAGGACAACUGGUGGAUGUGCACGAGAUCCAGGCCUCGCGAGCCGCCUUCGCGGCUCUCCGCCGGGAUGGUUCGGUAGUCACCUGGGGCCGUAGCGACUGUGGAGGUGACAGCACUGCCGCAAGAAGCCAGCUGCAGGGUGUACAGCAGAUACAGGCAUCCAGCCAUGCCUUUGCGGCACUCCGUGCGGACGGCUCCGUGGUAGCCUGGGGCGAUCCGGACGCACCCGGCUUUCCGCCCGAGAGUGCCGAGGAGCUGAAAGACGUGCGGGAGAUUCAG